AGGAGCUCCGCAGAAGAAAUACCAUAUUCUCUCCCACUGCAUUGCUCCAAAGAUGCCUGAGCCAGCUAAGUCCGCUCCCGCCCCCAAGAAGGGAUCUAAGAAGGCUGUGACUAAGGCGCAGAAGAAAGAUGGCAAGAAGCGCAAACGGAACCGCAAAGAGAGCUACUCUAUCUAUGUGUACAAGGUGCUGAAGCAGGUCCACCCCGACACGGGCAUCUCUUCUAAGGCCAUGGGCAUCAUGAACUCCUUCGUCAACGACAUCUUCGAGCGCAUCGCCGGCGAGGCUUCCCGCCUGGCGCACUACAACAAGCGCUCCACCAUCACGUCCCGGGAGAUCCAGACGGCCGUGCGCCUGCUGCUGCCCGGCGAGCUGGCCAAGCACGCCGUGUCCGAGGGUACCAAGGCCGUCACCAAGUACACGAGCUCCAAGUAGAUUACCCUGGAAGAACCCCCGACUUGAAAAAUCCAAAGGCUCUUUUAAGAGCCACACAAUCUUACUAAAAAAGAGCUGUAAAGGCUACAUUCUCUUCAGGGAGUCUCUUUUCAAGAACAGGAACGUAGUGGAAGACCAGGAAAAAAGGCCAGACUAGCGAGGAGACACUGUAAGGAUGCCCACUGACACAGGAACUUGAACUCUGAAUCCUCUGCUGCCACCAAGCGACUCUUUUUAUUUUGACCGGCCGUCCCCUCUUGACUGCCACACCUUCAACCAUCCCUCUCUUCUCAGUGGAUAAAGCACCAGCAGGGAUUCAUGAGGACCUGAGAUGAAAUCUGAUCCCUGACACUUGACACUAGCUGUGUGACCCUGGGCAAGUCACUUAACCAUUUGAAAAAAAAAUAAAAGAAAGAGAAACUUUCUCUGCUCAAUGCUGAUCUGCACUUAAAUCUUAAAAAGUUGCCAGAUGAACUUUGAAGUUAAAAUGUCUUGCCCAGGGUAUGCAAACUUACAGUUUGUAUCUGAGACAAGACUUGAAGCAGGUAUUCCUGACUCCUAGGAAAGCUAUGAUUUAUUAUCCAUUAUCUAUUCUGACUUCCAGUUUGCAUUUGCAACUGCCUAUUAGAGAGUUCAAACUGUAAAGAAUUGUUAUUUGAGGUUUUUAUGACCCCAUUUUUUGGCUAGAAUUAAACAAAAAAACCUCGGUGCACACUGGCCUCU